AUGGGGAGAGAUGACACCACUGUGGUCAGCUUAAUAACUGGAGGAGAUGAGUCAGCAUACACGGAUGAGGUGAGGGCAUUGUCCAAGUGGUGCGUAGACAACAACCUGUCCCUCAACACCAGGAAGACCAAAGAAAUGUUGACUGACUUCAGAGGAGGAACAGGAUGGAUCAAUGGGGAUGAGGUGGAGCGGGUCUCCACCUUUAAGUUCCCUGGGGACUACACAGCAAAUUCAGUUAAAAUUCUAGUGUUGGACGCGCUCUCAUUUGCCAGUAUAUUGAAAAUUUUCGUCAUCACACUACAUGUGAAUCUACGUUCUCCAGCGAGACUCCAGUACUCUGGUGCUCUCCUAUUUUUCUCCACUUCCUGGUUGUUUCACCUGGUGUUUCUCUGGGGGCAUCUGCCUCGGGCCCUCGCUGCAUUUGAGCUCCACGUGCAGCGGCUUGCCUCCUCCGAGCUAUGCCACUUCAGCUCGCCUUCUCUGAGCUCCUGGCUGCGCUCCCUCAUUCUGCGCGGGCGGGCGUGCGCAUGCUCCCUGCACUCGGCUCCUCCACGCCGCAGCUAUCUUCACCCCAGGACUUCUGUCUCAGUCGGUUUGCCUCUGCAGAGUGGGAUCCCAGCCUCUCUACUGCCUCCUCUGAUUAAGCACUCCAACCUCUACUCUCAGACUGCACUCUCCUCUGUCCCUGGCCAUCUGCUCUACCCAGCUCCCAGGUACAGAAGGUUGUACAACAAGAAGUUCAGGAUGUGCAGGCGUUGCACACUGAGGAGCACUACUGUGCGCAGCAGGUUGUCUGCUACAGAGAACAGGCAUGAGGCCAGGCGAUCCAUGUCAUCUUGGGAUUCUGUUGGGUAUCCCUGCCCCCACUCAUGCAGGAGCUGUUGCAGAAGCAGCAGAGGGCUCUGUGGGUCAGCUUGUGAUAUUUUUAGGCAUUUCUAUUGAGCAGCGCUUUAUUGUCCUGGAAGAGGUCUUGUGUCUGUGG